GAAUAUUUUAAAAUAAAAACAUUUGAAAGUUAACUACCAGCUCGAAGAAAAUGAGACGCAGAAUUUUCGUUCCACUAAUUUUACUGCAAAGACACUUUUGUGAAUGUAGAUCCUCUACGAUCUAUGCACUUUCUUCCGGAUAUGGUAAAUGUGGCGUAGCAGUAAUUCGCGUUUCAGGACCAAAAGCAUUAGUAGCAUUGGAAAAAAUGACAAAAAUAUCAUCUCUAAAACCUAGAACAGCCUUCUUAAGAAAGAUUCAUGAUCCUCAGACAAAAGAAGUUUUAGAUAAGGGUCUAUGCCUUUGGUUUCCAGGACCCAAAUCAUUUACUGGAGAGGACUGUGCAGAAUUUCACGUUCACGGUGGUCCAGCAGUAGUGACAUCAAUUUUAAAUGCACUUUCAAAGUUACGUUUUCAUCUAGCACCUCCCGGAGAAUUCACAAGGAGAGCAUUUUUAAAUGGAAAGAUAGAUUUAACUGAAGCAGAGGGUAUAGGGGAUUUAAUUGAAGCAGAAACUGAAAAACAACGUCAGCAGGCCUCUAAUCAAGCGAGUGGUUCCCUCCGUCGUCUCUAUGAUUCUUGGCGUAUUACGCUUUUAAAUGUUCUUGCCAAUUUAGAAGCUUAUGUUGAUUUUUCUGAAGAGCACAGUGUAACAUCAAAUGUGUUAGAAGAUGCUAAUGCUGUUGUGCAAACAUUAUCUACAGAAAUUCAGCAACACCUUUCUGAUGGAAGAAAAGGGGAAAUUUUACGCACUGGGGUACACGUAGCAAUUCUUGGGGAGCCUAAUGUCGGAAAGAGCAGUCUUCUAAACCUUCUUUCUAGAAAAGAUGCAGCAAUUGUUACAUCUUCACCGGGAACAACGAGAGAUGUUAUAGAGUUAACGACAAAUAUUUGUGGAUAUCCAAUGAUUCUUGCAGAUACUGCGGGAAUCAGAAAUAAUCCAGAAAAUAAAAUAGAAGUGGAGGGUAUUAGAAAAGCAAAAGAAUACUCGAAAGAAGCAGAUUUUGUUAUAUGUUUAAUUAGUGCGGAAAAUAGUAUAAAAACUUCUGUAGAAAAGUUUUUAGAACAAUAUAAAAAUUAUUUGGGAAUAGAUAAGAAAAGGGUUCUUGCUGUACUAAAUAAAAUAGACUUACUUAAAGAAGAAGAAAAAGAAAGAUGGAGGCAGCAAAAUGUUGUUCCUAUAUCAUGUAAGACGCAAGAAGGUUUAGUAGAGCUUACGAACGCAUUAGGAAAGUGUUUCGAGGAAUUAUGCGGAGAUCCGUCUCGAGAAAAUCCUGUAAUCAGUCAUGCACGAUAUAGAAAUCAUUUAUUGCAUGUCUCAGAUUGUCUUGAACUGUAUUUAGAAAAGACUGUAGUACCAACUUAUGACAUGGCUAUAUCCUUACAAGAUAUCAGAGACGCAGCAAGAGAACUUGGCAAAAUUACUGGUGCUAUCAGUAAUGAAGAAGUCUUAGAUAUUAUCUUUAAAAACUUUUGUAUAGGCAAAUAAAAACCUAUUUGAACAUUGA